AUGGCUUACAACGCCGUUUCUCAGGCCGACCUCGAGGUGGCUUCCAACGCGACAGAUUCUGAUGCCUCCCGCAGCCCUUCUCCUCAUUCGCAAGAUGGCCAUAAAUUCGAGCAACUACCUCUAGAUACGGAUCAUAUCGGUGGAGGAAAUUGUAUGCAACCAGCCAAGUCCGCGGAAGAUACCGACUCUGGAGGCUUGGGCUCCGUGUUACGCUCCAUCACUUCGACCAACUACGAUAUCGUGGAGGAAGACGACUACGAAGAAACGGAGCCACCGGCGAAUGAACGCGCCAACAGUCUCCGCCGUACUAUUCCUCCGCUCGAUACCACCCCAAGGUCACCAGCGCAACCGGACGCCGAGGAGCCGGCUGUGCGUACUCCGAUCAACGAUCAUCCCGUGCCUCUCAGUCAUCCAACGCCGGAUCUCCAGUCCAUUCAAGGAGCCUACGUCAAUAACGUGGAGAGAUUGGAACGAAGUGCGGAACGCUUGAGCUCGAGCUCGGCGGAUAUCGCGAGCGAGAUCCGGAAGAUGAAUCUCGAGCAGAAGAGACGGCCAUGCAGCUCAGCCUCCAAUCCAGCUCUCCCGUUCAAUCCCGAAGGCUCUCCUUUGAGGAACAGUCUCUCAAGCCCUCACGGCUCGACUCGUUCAGGACCUCGUCUGGCGCUAGUUUCUGAACUUGGGGAUGGCGGAGCGUACAGUGAUCCUCCAUUUCGACCCGCCAUCGAGUCUAUCCCCCCACUUCAGCUUCCCAGUCCCUCACCACCCCCAAAAGACGCCCCUGAACAAUACAACCUUGAUCCAGGGCAUGGGAUCGAGCGACCAUCGUCGGCUGCGUCUGGUGAUACGUACCAACAAGCUAGCGUGUUGUUCACUGACUUUGACGGCGUGCAUUUUGUCCCCCAUGACAAAGGCCCGGACCUCAUGCGGCAUGUGUCGCUCACCAGGCCUCCUUUGGCAAGCAGCUCUGAGUCGUACAAGGAACCGCAGGCGGGAGGAAACAUGGUAUAUUACCCUGCCCCCGUCCCAAUGAUGCUGAACCUGCCACCGCGGCUGUCACACAAGCCCGAUUCAGAACGGGAGCGGGAGAAACGCCGCACGCAACUUCUCAGCUCAGUUGCUUUAGCGAACAGGAAAUCCGCGCCAUGGCUGUCUGGCCGGAGCUCGGAAGAGACCAGCGAGCGCAAGGGCCAGAAGGACAUACCACCACAGCUUCGGGCAAGCGUCUUCUUUGAAUCUCCAGCCGCACCGCUUGAAAUAGAGGUCAAACAGGCUUCUGCCGUGGAAACACUCGAGAGCAUUCUGGAAGCAUCUGCACAUGCACCUGUGACCGCUUUCACCGAGCAUCCUUUUGCUGGCAACUUGGGAUCUGAUGUCUACCGGAGCUCGAAGCACAAGACAUCACACAAAGAUCUCUCCGACCAGAAGAAGAAGCGUAGCUCUAGAAGUCACCUUCUUGCCGAGUACAAUGCUUCUGAUCCGGAUGCCAGGGCGACCUCCAUGGCGAGUCAAGGAUUUCACAAGCAAACAGAAGGCGAUGCUGCAGAGAGACAUGAUGAUACUGCUUUGCAUGAUGCUGAUCGUACUUCUGAUGAGCACACUGGUAGUGAUGAUUCCGAAAGCAGCGAUGAAGAUUCGGAAGAAGGCGAGCCGGAUUUUGAAUACACGGGCCCCCCUAAUACUCUACUUGCAGAACUUGAAAUGCGAAAGCAGGAACUCAAACAACGACGAAGGACAGCUGCAACUUCUGUUGGGAUGCAUUCGACUCUCCUUCAACUCGAGGCUGUCGCUCAGAAACAGAGUGAGCACAGACGACAGAGACCGGUCACGUUGGCCUGGGAAGACCCAGAUGUCCACAAACACGAGGAGGAGGACGAUGAAGACGUACCUUUGGCCAUGCUCUUCCCCGAAAAGGCUAAUGCAGCGGACGAGAGUCGACCAUUGGGGCUCAUGGAGAAGAGGGAGAUGGAGGAGAGUGAGCCGCUGAGCCGACGUCGCGCAAGACUUCGAGGCGAACCUCUGCCGUCUGGUGGUCUUGAUAAGCGUCCAAUCACCAUGUACACACAAGCCAUGCCGGAACCCGCUCAGCCCGACAGUGGAGACGAGGAAGAGACUCUGGCGCAGCGUCUUAAACGUCUGAAAGCCAAAGACCAAACUAGCACCGUGGCAGCAAGUGAAUUCGCAAGUGAACUUCUAGCAGAGAUAAACCAGCUGCAUGAGGAUGAACAAAAGGACCCCGAGACGGAGCCUGUACCUGAGAAUGAAACUCUCGCUCAGCGGCGUGAACGGCUCCGGAAGGAAGCCGCCGCUCAGAAGCAGUCGGCUCCCAGAGCUCCGAGAUAUCGGAGAAGCAUGGCAGACAUCCUGCAUGCCCGCCCGAUCAACGUUGGGCCACCGUCGCUGAAUGAGGCUGCCAUCCAGCGCGCGUCGAUAUAUCACCGCCCUGUCGAGCCCCGAAUGUCGAUGCAGCAACUUCCCACAAACUUUGGUCAAUUCCCCUCGGCAGGAUUCCCACAACACCAGGGAUACGCCGCUUCCGAAAUGCAGGGCUAUGGAAUGGUCCACCCAAACACCUUCUACAGUGAUGCCAUUCUGGGGCGAAACCAUCUGAGCUACGCGAUGCCAAACAAUUACCAUCCCAAGGUCCUACAGCCAGUUGUUGAUAACGGCCAGCGAGAGAUGAUCGAUCGUUGGAGACAAAGCAUUCGAUAA